AUGCUUGUCGAUGUUACACGUCCAUUCCUCGCCUCUCGAGUCUGUAUAUCAGCCGGUGGACGCGGUCUUGGGCAUCGUCAUGUCGUCGCCGUAACGCUUCCAGCUCGUCUUCGAUACGCGCACUCCUUUCCGGAAGGGUACAUAGUGCCGAAUGGUGCCCUGUCUAGUUGCAGUAAAAGCACCUUGAGUUACGCUUUCGGCACCAUUGCCCUCUGA